AUGGCGAGCACAUUGACAAACCUUCCUGCAGACGCACCUCUUCAUGUUGGCGCAUUGAGCAUCAUUGGUACUUCGGCAACACGCGAAUCUUUUCUCAACCAUGUGGUCGCUGGUGUUUUCGAUGCCUCUACUUCUGCUGGCGUACUCGAACAAGUCAAGGAAGCAGCUAACAAGCUUCAACGACACGAUAUCUUUGAGGAAAUCAAGGUGUACAUGACCGCUUCCGGUGCAGACGCUGUGAACGUUACAUUCGACUUGAAAGAAAAAGGCAAAGGCGUGCUUCAAACGACCCUUGGUGUGGGUGAGAACGAGGCCAAUGUGAACGGCACGAUCGCAUUGAGAAACAUCUUUGGUGGUGCUGAAACAGCCUAUGCCAAAUACGCUUUUGGAAACCGUACAAAGGCAGCUAUUGAGGUUGCUGCAGGUCUUCCUGUGUUUGGAUGCCCCGAUGCCAAGUUGGAAGCUUUUGGCAAGGGUGCUAUCAAGGAUUACUCCCCCGUCAACUAUUACGUCGAGAGCUCAAGAACGGCUGGUCUCCGCUUCAAGACAUGCUCUCCAUGGGGUCAACAUCAAUUGAGCUAUGCAUUGUCCAACCGUGAUAUUACUGCACAGCAAAAGUCAUCAGCAACGGUCCGUGCACAUUCAGGUUUGAACACCAAGUCGUCGAUCCUCCACAGCUUUGUCAAUGAUACUCGUGACCAUGUUACCAUGCCAACCAGUGGCAAGUACUUUGCUUUGACUCAAGAAUUGGCAGGUGUUGCUCAACGUGGUGAUGCAAGCUUCUUUAAGCAAGAAUUGGCUGCUCAAGUCCAUCAACCUCUCGCAAAUGGUAUUGUGCUUAGCAGUGGCUUGAAACUUGGUUAUCUUUAUCCAUUGGAGGAAGGCAAGGAUAUCAAUGUGUCGGAUCGAUUCUAUGUUGGUGGUCCAUUGUCUGUGCGUGGCUUCAAAAUGGGUGGUAUUGGUGCUCGUGAUGGAAACGAUGCUCUUGGUGGAAAUGUAUUCUAUGCUGCUGGUGUCAGCCUGACGAGCCCAAUUCCUGGUGCUACCCAUCUCCCUAUCAAAGCACACGCUUUCUUCAAUGCUGGCAACAUUAUCAAUAAGCCCAAGAAUGCUCCUGUGAAUGGAACGAUUGAGGAAUUGAUUAAUGAAUCGCGGACAGCUGCUGGCGUUGGUCUUGUUUUCCAUCAUGAGCUUGCUAGAAUUGAAGCCAACUUUUGCAUACCUCUCCGUUUCCAGACCGGUGAUCUUCCCAAGCGUGGUAUUCAAAUUGGUCUUGGUAUCAACUUUUUGUAG